AGUGUUAGUACAGUGUAAUCUGUGUUAGUGCAGUGUUAGUACAUUGUAAUCCGUGUUAGUGCAGUGUAAUCUGUGUUAGUGCAGUGUUAGUACAGUGUAAUCAGUGUUAGUGCAGUGUAAUCUAUGUUAGUGCAGUGUUAGUACAUUGUAAUCCGUGUUAGUGCAGUGUAAUCUGCGUUAGUGCAGUGCAAUCUAUGUUAGUGCAGUGUUAGUACAGUGUAAUCUGUGUUAGUAUAUUGUAAUCUGUGUUAGUGCAGUGUAAUCAGUGUUAGUGCAGUGUAAUCAGUGUUAGUGCAGUGUAAUCUGCGUUAGUACAUUGUAAUCUGUGUUAGUGCAGUGUAAUCUGCGUUAGUGCAGUGUAAUCAGUGUUAGUGCAGUGUAAUCUAUGUUAGUGCAGUGUUAGUACAGUGUAAUCUGUGUUAGUGCAGUGUUAGUACAUUGUAAUCCGUGUUAGUGCAGUGUUAGUACAUUGUAAUCCGUGUUAGUGCAGUGUAAUCUGCGUUAGUGCAGUGUAAUCUAGCAGCAGUGGAUCAGGGCUGUGGGGUCAGAGAGAGCUUAGUUAAAAGCUUAGUUAAAAGGUUAGUUUUAUAAAGUGCAUUUUAAUACUCUAUUUCAUGGUUCUUUGGGAUGGGUUGAAUAAACCAUCAUUUGUUCAUUGUGAAAGCUGUUUCCGUAGUGGUGUACGAUUCUUGGUACACAAUACUGCUUUUACCAUACUUUUACUAAGGAUGCGAGGCCCGAGCGAGGUGCAGAUGGUAACAAGCUCUCCCUGUGUGCACCUGCAGGCUGGUCAGACGGCUCUGAUGCUGGCGGUCAGUCACGGCCGGACGGACAUGGUGAGGUCUCUGCUGGCGUGCGAUGCUGAUGUCAACAUCCAGGACGAUGACGGCUCCACGGCGCUCGUGUGUGCCUGCAAGCACGGCCACACGGAGAUUGUCCAGCUGCUGCUGGCCCAGCCAGGCUGCAGAGCACAGCUCACCGACAACGAUGGCAACACCGCUUUGUCUAUUGCACUGGAGGCCUCCCUCUCAGAGAUUGCUGCCCUUCUCUAUACUCAUGCAGACCAGAGGGACUCUCCGGCUCCAUAGCAACCAAAGCCUUUCUCUUAUUCCGAGCCACACAGCUACGCAGGGCCUACUCAGCAGAGCCAUACAGCUCCCACGAUCGCCUCUAAUCAGGACUUCAGAGCAGCAUCUAUGUUUACUGUAGGUACAUUCUCUCUAUGGACUUAGCACUGUGCUAAUGCCCUCGUACGUGGAUUAGAACCAUGUGAGGGACAUGCAGUAUGGCUGGCUAUGAGGUGGGGGCACAGUGUUCCUGUGUGUUGCAAGCAUGCUGCUCUUUGCCAUGUUUGUGGAACACCGCUGUUUCUCAGUGUAAUCAUGACCAACCCAUACCUGCUUUGUGUGAAGAAGAUGAGCUGAUUACACAGUGACUGUGUAAUGUGAAUGUGACAGUGAAUGUGUUUAAUUUACACAGAAAUAAAUACAUUUUAAUAAAACUAGCGGAAACUUGUGUUUCAUUUAUUUAUUUUUUUACAAUUAACGUCACAUACAGGCAUUGUGGUUGCUGUGGAGGGCACACUGAUUUUUUAUAUUUUUAUUAUAAAUGCCCGAGUUCUGUACUUCUCGUAUUCCAGCUCUGCACUAUACCCCUUCUGCACUGACACAGCGGAGCCCCGAGGGCAGACGGGUGCUGCUCCACUGGCUCUGUUGACCUGAGCGAGAAGCAAACUAUGAAACUCUGGCCUCACAACACAUCUGAAUCUGACAAGACAAAGCUGAUUAAACUGGCCUAGCAAUUCCUCAGACAGGAAGCUCAGAACAGCUCAACCCUCGCAGCAGGAAAGGGUUCAAACUAUUAAUACGAUGCGAGGCUGGGAAAACCUAUCUACAGAGCAUUCCCAGCGUACUGAAAUAGUGAGUAGUGACUCCAGGGGUCUAAUUCAUUUUACAGCAAUGUUUAGUGCUCAGCAUCCCUCAACCAAGCUGUGUGCUUGGAAAAGAAAAAGAAUAAAACUUGCAAAUAUGACUGCAGUAUGAUAAACAACAUUGCAGCUCUAAUUUAAAAUCCUAACCAUAACCCUGAACAGAGAAGCACUCGCAACCCACUGUGUUACUGCUAACUAAACCAAUCACAGACACAAACAACAUUGCAGCUCUAAUCUAAAAUCCUAACCCUCAACAGAGACGCACUCUGAGCUAAGCGGAGACAACCAAACUCAUUGCACGUGGGACCUAGGUGUGUCUGUGGGAAACACGAUCUGUAGAGCAACAAUGAUGAGCAGCAUGGCACUCCCCACAGCAGUGUUGCGAGAAGCACAAUGACUGACAGCAGAGUAAUGAGUUACACUGGGAAAAUGCAGGACUAUUUAAUCAUUUACUUAUUCUGGCAAGAAGCAGAGUGUUAUUAUGAGCACAAGGCGACCCCACAUUUACCCUUCCUGACAAAGCCAGUCACUCAUUACUUUUUUGGCUCGGAAAUAUACAGUUUUUUAUUUCUGUUUUUGGAAUUGUUUUUGUCUCGUUUUUAUAGGCUGUUAUUUCUUGCUGCCUUUUUUUUGCCAGGACCCCCUUGUAAAUGAGGUGCAUGUCAUGGGUUCUGUCCUGGUUAAAUCAAUACAUUUGAAUUUGAACCAAUGAAUAAACUAUUGAUUUUAACUGGAGCUCAGCGCUUAUGCAUUGGUAGCGAGGCUGCAGUACAGGAGUAAAGCUAUCAAAUAAAUUAAACAGGGAAUAGGCUGAUGAAACAGAUUGCAAAUCGCUUUGCUUCGAUAUGAUUAGCCCAGAGGUGCAGCAACAAACACUAAUGGGCCUGUAAUGACAAUAAAGAUGGACCAUAAUUGUGUUAUUGCUAUAUUUGUAUUCAGUUUGUGCAUGCAUUCAUCAAGAGUUUUUAAUAUUGUAAGCUGUGCAGAAAGCAUGCUAUUAAAUAAGCAUGCGUGUAAAUUGUGAUUCAAUUAUAUGAAUCUUAUUCAUGUGCUAGAUGUGUCAAGAAUUAGCGUGAACAUUUCCCAUUUACAUUGGAGCUGCGUUCCUGCUGUUUGUCCUGUUAAGGCAUUAUCAGUUGCAGGGUUUAUUGACGCAUUGCCACCCCGCUCCUGUGCGCGGUGUGAAGACAUCUUACCUGGAUUCCGUGCAUUCCUCCAGCAUCACAACGAGCCCUUCAGAUCCCAGCAGUGCUAUUGCACAAUGAUGCACUGAGUUCCAUUGAGAAGCAUUCCAGUGGAAGGCUGGUGAAGAAAGUAACCCUACAAUUCACACUUCGAGGAGCAGAGAAGAGCGAUGGCAUACAUUCCACAGAGAGAGAUUAAUACAAGAAGACUUCGGGACGCUGGAAACUUCACCAGAUCAUAGGACCAAGACACUAGUAAAAUAAUUGCAUUUUUGUACUUCCAUAUUAAUGUCAGGUUUACAUAAAUCCCAGAAAUAUUCCAUUUUAUGUUAUGUAUGUGUUUGUUUAUGUAGGCUAUGUUACCCUGUCACAUAUUUGUGGGCAUCUUGUUGUGUUUUUCAGUAUUGUUAUAAUUACACACACACACACUAUAGUGUGUAUUGAGUCCUUGGGUCUGGAGUUAGUUAUAGCAUUGGUUCCCAAAUAUUCUUUAAAGAAGAUCCUGACACAUGACAAUGCAAUGGUCCGCAGGCCGAGAUAGUCAGUUCCUUUACAUUAAUACAACCGCUAUGUUUCUGGUUACUGUAAAUUUCUUUACUGCGGAGACUUUGCCACACCCGAUAGACCUCUAUUACAAUCCGUGGUACGGGUAGCAUGCCCAUCACACUCCCAGCAGGACCAAUGGAAGCACUAUGUGUAAAAAAGAUAUACAAAAACACACAGCUACUUUUAUAAAUGUAUUUGAUCUAUAUCUAUCUAUAUAUAUAGGAACAGUUCAAUUUUAUAGAAAGAUGAGAACGACCAUUUUGGUAUAUAGUACUGUAUAAGAUUUCCUAUGUAAGUACAGCAGUUGCUACAUAUUAAACCACUCCUUAAAAUGCACUUGAAAUAUACAUGAAAACCAACAAGGCACCAAUAACUUAAACAACAAACUCAAAUAACAAACAGAGAAAGACAACGGGGUACAACAAGGCACCAAUAACUUAAACAACAAACUCAAAUAACAAACAGAGAAAGACAACGGGGUACAACAAGGCACCAAUAACUUAAACAAC